GAGUUUCAUAUUUUCGAGUUUGCUGUGACCGCUGUGAUAACGGUGUAAUUUCUGAUAAGGUUCACUACAGUGUGACCGCUUCAUAAAUAUGAGCAAUGAUGAUAUUUAUUUGCGAACUGCAUUCGAUCUCUUAGACAGAAAUCGUGAUGGGCGUGUCACAGCAAAUGAGCUGCAGUUUAUGUUGAAAAAUCUUGGCAUAAAUGUGCGAGACGAAAUCAUACACGAUCUCAUACGCGAGGCAAGCCAUUCUGGAAAUGGGUUAAUCAACGAGGCCGAAUUCCUGCAAUGGGUGGGACGCAUUCAGGCGUUACGUGAUGAACAGCAGCAGCAACAACAACAGCAAGAAGAGAAUGCAAGCAAACCAGAGGAGAACGAUGAUGUCACCGAAGAUUUAAUCGCCGCAUUUAGAGUAUUUGAUCGUGACGGCAACGGCUUCAUUACCCGCGACGAGCUGCAAACCGCCAUGGAAAUGAUUGGAGAACCCCUCUCAGAAACGCAACUCACACAAUUAUUGGCCAUAGCCGAUUUGGAUCAAGACGGCCGAAUUAAUUACGAAGAAUUUACGAGACUUUUACUUUAAAGUGAUGAACAUCCAUAAAACUGAGCAUACUUACAAAUAUUAGCGAAGCAACUACAAUGUCAACAACAAAUAUAUGCAACAGUUUAUAUACACACAUAUACAUAUAUAUUUACAACAGUGCAGCAUACUCAAGUUACAUAAGUACUAAGCAGAAAUAUGUUUAAUAUCGAACUCUUCUUGACAAAAACAAAAACUAAAUAAAAACAUAAUUUUGUAAGUUUGUCAGCGUUUAUCUGCUGGAUCAGAAGCAAGCUAAGCAGCAGCGGGAGGGUGGUGCAACAACAAACACACUCAUACAUAUAACACAUGCAUAUGUAUGUAUAUGUAGGUAUGGCUGUUGGAAGGGGACCACGAAAGUCACAAAAGAUUAACAUUUUAGUUAAUAGGUUGUUAAUUUAAAGCAUUAAAUUUAUUUAUGUAUAGUUUCACACAUACAAAAAAAACACCAACACACAAACAAUGAUAAACACAUA